AUGGCUGAACAAACAAGGCCGAACAGAUUAUCCCUCUCUGGGAAGGUUGCAGUGGUCAGUGGCUCUUCUAUGGGUAUUGGAGCCGCAAUCGCAAAAGAGCUCCACAAACGCGGUGCCGACGUAGUCAUCAACUACCCUUUCGUUGCAGACCAGGACGGCGCCAACAAUAUCGUGAAAAGCCUUCCGCAACACGCGAGGGCGAUCGCGGUGGAAGCGGACUUAUCCACACUCGACGGGCCACAGAUCCUGGUGGAUAAAGCUGUUCAGGCCUUCGGUAAGAUAGAUAUUCUAGUCAACAACGCCGGGGUGGUUCUUCCUUCGCCCGUUGACGAACCCGAUCUUACGAAAGUCGCACACUGCUGGGAAAAAACGAUGAAUCUAAAUGGAAGAGGGACUAUGUUGCUUACAAGGGCUGUCUUACCUCACCUGAGUAGAGAGAACUCCCGGAUUGUUAACAUUGGAGCAUGCAUGGCCCGUAAUCCUCUUACGUUUAUGUCAUUUUAUGCGGGAUCGAAAGGCAUGAUCGAAAGCUUUACUCGCGCCUGGGCAAGAGAGCUCCCCCCGAAGUAUGCUUGUACAGUCAACGCGGUGGCCCCUGGACCUGUUGCGACGGAGGGCUUAUUGUCUACGUCACAACCAGCGCAAGACGCCUUGAAGCCAGUGUUGGACACCACACCUGUAGGUGCGCGACUGGGGAAGCCAGAGGAGAUCGCGUGGGUAGUUGCCAUGUUAUGCGAGGACGACGCUUCUUGGGUGAAUGGUGCAAUCGUUCCCGUAUCAGGUGGAUCCACACUGCUAUAG